AAACCUUUAAAUAUAUAUAAGACAUAGUAGAUAGAUCAAGUGAAUGAUUAGAAACUAAUAAUAGAUAUGAAAAGGGUAAUUCUGUUAUUAUCAUGGGUUUGGAUGCUUGUUGGUAUCUCAGCAUCCAGACCUCUAAUUAUUAACUUCGGUGAUUCAAAUUCCGACACAGGCGGUGUGCUGGCCGGUGCAGGUCUUCCCAUUGGCCUUCCACAUGGCAUUACAUUCUUUCAUAGAGGCACGGGCCGCUUUGGCGAUGGCAGACUCAUCAUUGACUUUUUCUGUGAACAUUUAAAUCUGAGUUAUUUGAGCCCAUAUUUGGAAUCACUAGCACCGAAUUUCACAAGUGGAGUAAAUUUUGCGGUAGCUGGAGCCAUGACUCUACCGCAGUUUGUUCCUUUUCAGCUUGAUGUGCAAGUUCGCCAAUUCGUCCAUUUUAAGAAUCGUUCACUUGAACUCCUCUCCCUCGGUUCUGGGAACUUCAUCAAUGAAAAUGGAUUUCGUAGCGCGCUUUACAUGAUAGAUAUCGGACAAAAUGAUCUGCUGGUUGCGCUGUAUGCAGCAAAUCUCACUUAUCCACCAGUUGCAGCCAAAAUUCCAUCUUUUAUAGCAGAAAUUAAACUAGCUGUUCAAAAUUUAUAUUUGUACGGUGGGAGAAAGUUCUGGAUACACAGCACGGGCCCGUUAGGAUGCGCUCCAAAAGAGCUUGCUUUACACGCACACAAUGAUACCGAUCUUGACAAAAUUGGAUGCUUUCGCGUCCAUAACGAUCUAGCCAAACUUUUCAACAAAGGGUUACGUAGAAUGUGCAAAGAACUGAAACAUGAGUUAAAAGGCGCGGUUAUUGUGUAUGUGGAUGUGUACAGCGUCAAAUAUAAUCUCUUCGCCAAACCGUCAAAAUAUGGAUUUGUAGAGCCAUUUAAGGCGUGUUGUGGGUACGGAGGGCCUCCAAACAACUACAAUGUGAAAGCCACAUGUGGGCAGCCCGGUUACAACAUAUGCGAUAAUGUAACAUCGGCUAUAGUGUGGGAUGGUGUUCAUUACACGGAAGCUGCAAAUAAGGCGGUCGCUGCUACAAUUCUUUCGACGCCAUCAUUAAAACUAGAGCGGUUUUGGUUGGAUUGACACCGUUAUUUAUAAGUAGUCAGACAUUCUAAUAAUAAAUACUUACAAAAUUUGAAUACAAAUGAGUGGAACACUAGUUUACAUUUGUGUAUUUUUUUUUUAGUAAAAAAGUUGCAUUAUAUUUCAUUCAAA